UGAAUGUGCGGUGGAGCGGCAGCAGGGGUGGGUAUUGCCGGCUACGGUCCGCGGCUGAGAUUCCCUUCUCCGUACCCGUACCCCACGAGGUUCUGUGGCAAUGGAGCUCAGCGAUGCAAAUUUGCAAACGCUAACAGAAUAUUUAAAGAAGACUCUUGAUCCUGAUCCUGCCAUCAGACGUCCAGCUGAGAAGUUUCUUGAAUCUGUAGAAGGAAAUCAGAAUUACCCACUGUUGCUGUUAACAUUACUGGAGAAGUCUCAGGAUAAUGUUAUCAAAGUGUGUGCCUCAGUAACAUUCAAGAACUAUAUUAAAAGAAACUGGAGAAUUGUUGAAGAUGAACCAAAUAAAAUUUGCGAAGCCGACCGAGUAGCCAUUAAAGCUAACAUAGUGCACUUGAUGCUUAGCAGCCCAGAGCAAAUUCAGAAGCAGUUAAGUGAUGCCAUUAGCAUUAUUGGCAGAGAAGAUUUCCCUCAGAAAUGGCCUGACUUAUUGACAGAAAUGGUGAAUCGCUUUCAGAGUGGAGAUUUCCAUGUUAUUAAUGGAGUCCUUCGUACAGCACAUUCUUUAUUUAAAAGAUAUCGCCAUGAAUUUAAGUCAAAUGAGUUAUGGACUGAAAUUAAACUUGUUCUGGAUGCCUUUGCUUUGCCUUUGACUAAUCUAUUUAAGGCCACUAUUGAACUCUGCAGCACCCACGCAAAUGAUGCCUCUGCACUGAGGAUUCUUUUUUCUUCCCUGAUCCUAAUCUCAAAACUGUUCUACAGUUUAAACUUUCAGGAUCUCCCUGAAUUUUUUGAAGAUAAUAUGGAAACUUGGAUGAACAAUUUUCAUACCCUCUUGACAUUAGAUAAUAAGCUUCUACAAACUGAUGAUGAAGAGGAAGCAGGCUUAUUGGAGCUCUUAAAAUCCCAGAUUUGUGAUAAUGCUGCACUCUAUGCACAAAAAUAUGAUGAAGAGUUUCAGCGGUACCUGCCUCGUUUUGUCACAGCCAUCUGGAAUUUACUAGUUACAACAGGUCAAGAGGUUAAAUAUGACUUGUUGGUAAGUAAUGCAAUUCAGUUUCUGGCUUCAGUUUGUGAGAGACCUCACUAUAAGAAUCUAUUUGAGGACCAGAACACGCUGACAAGUAUCUGUGAAAAGGUUAUUGUGCCUAACAUGGAAUUUAGAGCUGCUGAUGAAGAAGCCUUUGAAGAUAAUUCUGAGGAGUAUAUAAGAAGAGAUUUGGAAGGAUCUGAUAUUGAUACUAGACGCAGGGCUGCUUGUGAUCUAGUACGAGGAUUAUGCAAGUUUUUUGAGGGACCCGUGACAGGAAUCUUCUCUGGUUAUGUUAAUUCCAUGCUGCAGGAAUAUGCAAAAAAUCCAUCUGUCAACUGGAAACACAAAGAUGCAGCCAUUUACCUGGUGACGUCUUUGGCAUCGAAAGCCCAAACCCAGAAGCAUGGAAUUACACAAGCGAAUGAACUUGUAAACCUGACUGAGUUCUUUGUGAAUCACAUUCUCCCUGAUUUAAAAGCAGCUAAUGUGAAUGAAUUUCCUGUUCUUAAAGCUGAUGGUAUCAAAUACGUUAUGAUUUUUAGGAAUCAAGUACCAAAAGAGCAUCUUUUAGUCUCUAUUCCUCUCUUAAUUAAUCAUCUUCAAGCUGAAAGUAUUGUUGUUCAUACUUACGCAGCACAUGCUCUUGAGAGACUGUUUACUAUGAGAGGGCCUAACAAUGCCACUCUCUUUACAGCUGCAGAAAUCGCACCGUUUGUUGAGAUUCUGCUAACAAACCUUUUCAAAGCUCUCACACUUCCUGGCUCUUCAGAAAAUGAAUAUAUUAUGAAAGCUAUCAUGAGAAGUUUUUCCCUUCUACAAGAAGCCAUAAUCCCCUACAUCCCUACUCUCAUCACUCAGCUUACACAGAAGCUAUUAGCUGUUAGUAAGAACCCAAGCAAACCUCACUUUAAUCACUAUAUGUUUGAAGCAAUAUGUUUAUCCAUAAGAAUAACUUGCAAGGCUAACCCUGCUGCUGUUGUAAAUUUUGAGGAGGCUUUGUUUCUGGUGUUUACUGAAAUUUUACAAAAUGAUGUACAAGAAUUUAUUCCAUAUGUCUUUCAAGUGAUGUCUUUGCUUCUGGAAACACACAAAACUGACAUCCCGUCUUCCUAUAUGGCCUUAUUUCCUCAUCUCCUUCAGCCAGUGCUUUGGGAAAGAACAGGAAAUAUUCCUGCUCUAGUGAGGCUUCUCCAAGCAUUCUUAGAACGAGGUUCAAAUACAAUAGCAAGUGCUGCAGCUGAUAAAAUUCCUGGCUUAUUAGGUGUCUUCCAGAAGCUGAUUGCAUCCAAAGCCAAUGACCACCAAGGUUUUUAUCUUCUAAAUAGUAUAAUAGAGCACAUGCCUCCUGAGUCAGUUGACCAAUACAGGAAGCAGAUCUUCAUUCUGCUAUUCCAAAGACUUCAGAAUUCCAAAACAACAAAGUUUAUCAAGAGUUUCUUAGUCUUUAUUAAUUUGUAUUGCAUAAAAUACGGGGCGCUAGCACUACAAGAAAUAUUUGAUGGUAUACAACCAAAAAUGUUUGGAAUGGUUUUGGAAAAAAUCAUUAUUCCUGAAAUGCAGAAAGUAUCUGGAAAUGUAGAGAAAAAGAUUUGUGCGGUUGGCAUAACCAAAUUACUAACAGAAUGUCCCCCAAUGAUGGAUACAGAGUAUACCAAGCUAUGGACUCCUUUAUUACAGUCUCUGAUUGGCCUAUUUGAGUUACCUGAAGAUACUACUAUUCCUGAUGAAGAACAUUUUGUUGACAUAGAAGAUACACCAGGAUACCAGACUGCCUUCUCACAGCUGGCAUUCGCUGGGAAAAAAGAGCAUGAUCCUGUAGGUCAAAUGGUGAACAACCCCAGAAUUCACCUGGCACAGUCGCUUCACAAAUUGUCUACUGCCUGUCCAGGAAGGGUUCCCUCAAUGGUGAGCACCAGCCUCAACGCAGAAGCGCUCCAGUAUCUCCAAGGAUACCUUCAGGCGGCUAGUGUGACGCUGCUCUGAACUGUAUUUUUCGAAUUGGCUUAGUCCAGGAUGGUUUCUGAGGACAUCGUGGAGACAUCUGAGCACAGCUGUGUUAAAGCAAGUGUUCCUUUUGAACUUGUCUAUUAAAUGUUGCUUUAAGCUGAACCUUGAGAAAAUUAGGUGGUUUGUGUGAUCACAAAUAUAAGUGGGUGACUUUUUCAGUUUGCAGCUACAAAGACAAGUUUUACUAGCUUAGUGUAUGACAUUGAUUUGAGCAUUUGCACAGUUUUGAUAAUUCUAAAAUUUUGACAGACACUUAACUGUGGAGGUUUUUUUUCUGUUACUAAAUUCUUUUGAGGCUGUUCGUAUUUCUCUUGUCCUUUGUGUUUUUGUCUAUUUCCUUAAGCUUUUAUUGGAAAUGUCAGUAAGCAAAGAAAUCACUUGUGUAACUUGCCAAGAAAUGCACAUUUCAUAGUUUUAAAUCUGUAAUCAGCAAUAAAAAAAAAAAAAAAAAAAAAGAGCCCUAAAAUAUGUAUCUAAGAACAUCUUAAGGACAGGCUUUUGGUGCUGCUAUUUUUGUAAUGAAAAAUUUAAUUUUUCCUCUCCCGGACUCCAUAAAAUCCUAAUUUCUAAAUAAUUCAAACUCAGGUUACUUAGUCUUUUUCACUAAGGGAAAGGGAACAAUUACUGCAGGCUUGGGGCUCAUCUGUUAGAACUUUCUAGCUAGACCAGUUCCUGGGCAGCAGCAUGAACUUUAGGUAGAUGGUUUCCUCUGUGAACUGGCAAAGAAAUGCUCUGCCUGGCUUCACGAGGCUGUUGGGACUGCUUUAGACAGUGCAGGUGUUUGCUCUUUUUUUUUUUUUUUUUUUUUUUUUUUUUACAAUGUCUGUCUUCUCUGAAGAUCACAGGUUACAAGGAACUUUUCAAGCGGUGGCAUCUUGGAACCUGCGGCCUAGGAGGAGCCUACAGGUGUCAGUCCAUCUUGGCAAAGGCUGCCAGUCUGGCUGCUCCCUGCACUGGGCCCAGGGGUUCCAUGGCCUUUAUCUUUAGCAGGUAAAGAAUCAGACUGUCGACAUUUGGAGAGGCACAGUUUGUAUGUGUGCUGGAACUGUCCACUUAGUGCAGUUAGACUGGAAUCUCAUUCUGCGCAGAUUAUGUGGAUUUUUUUUUUUUUCAAAUCUCAGGCACCUGACUUGAAUGCUUUAUUUUCUUCACAUGUUGGUUGUGUUGUGUUGCUUGAGAGAUUUCCAGCUUAAUCUAGUGUACCUGCACCAACCUAAUAAUUAUUUUUGUUUUGACAUAGUAAUGGAAGUAUUAAAUCAUAUAAUUACUACAUGGCUUAAAAGCGGUCAUUGGCAGGCAGAUAUUGAGAUAGCAUUGAGAUCCAUUUUUCAACUGUGAACAUAAUUUAAUACAGGUGAAAAGUCUGAAAUGGCAAACAAAAUUGGUGACGGUUUAUGUUUGGCGCUCAGAUAAGCUCUUGAACUAUCUACGUAUUUGGCUCUGUGCUUGCUAAAGCUGUUGGUUAACAGUUAAGUAAAUGCAGGGAUAGUUACUGUUCUGGAGGACCCUUGUUUCAGCAUCUUGAUCAGUCUUGUAAGUUCUGCAUUUUUUCCUUCCUCAGUUAAAACAGUUGAACGGAAGAUGGUUUCUCGUUGUAAGUGCACCUUUUUAAAUAGUUUCUGAACAGGAAGGCUGGCACUUCUAUACUUUUACUCUAGCAUAAUUCAUGAAUAUUUUGUUAAUGGUUUUUUAAAAUGUUCUAAAGUGAGAUUUCUUAUUCCACCUAAGACAGUUUUUAUAUCUAGCUUGUAAAGAUCUUAAGAGAUGGCAGGCUGAAGCUGCUGUGGUGUGUUUUGCAAAGUCUCAGUGACUGUUCCUCAAUGGUGGUGCCAAUUCUUCGUGUGCAAGAGGAGCUGGGCUCAUACUUUGGGACCAGGCCAACCUGGGUUUGAAUUCCACCUCUGCCACUGACUGAGGCCUUGAACAAAUGCCUUGACCGCUACGCUUUUAUUUACUCUUAUGAAAAAUGAGGGUACUACUACUUAACUUCAUGAUAGUUUUAAGAAUAAAACAACAUAAAGUACUUAGUUUAAUUAAGUUGGGGGGGGGGGACCUGGUGGGGAGGAAGUGUUUGUUACAGAGCACUAUAGAACACUGCCCUGUGUUACCAGCCUAUGUAGCAGCCCUGGUAGGUGGGAAGACUCUGGAGGAGUCCUGGCCUAGGCAAGCCCUCACUCUCAGGACACUUUUAGACAUGGGGCAAAUGUCAUUGCGAAGUUCCUCAUGAGAGUCUUGUGUCGGAUCCACUGACUCUCCCUGCUGUUUGAUCGUAUCUCCUCUUUUACGUGUAUUUUCCUUGUGGAAAAUACAGGAAAAGAUUUGAAAAUAAAAAAUACUCCUACCUUGUUUAA